AAUUUUUGCCAAUUUCAUUCCUGAUUUUCCCGCCAUAAUUAUGCAUCCAAUGGAUGAGAAUAUUUUGCUACACGUGGCAUCAUCUAAUGAGAUCUCUAUCUAUAAAGACAUACAAUCAGUUCUGGACAAAAGAGAGUUAUCCCCACAUCAAGAAUUCCAGUACAUGUUAUUUCCAAAGAGCCAGUCCAAGCCAAGUAGUUCACUGAGAAAUGACAAAAGAACUGUCAGUUCAAUGCAUACCGAUUGUAAUAUAAAUGAUACACAUCACAAAUUCACAAUGCAUACCGAAAAUUUAUUUAGGCUCUGAAUUUUUUCCAUUGAUACACAUGGAUAUGUGAUUGCCAUGGCUGCAAACCCAUUGUAAUCUAAAUGUUGCCUUCCCAAGAUACAAAUCACAAAUUCUACAUAUUUAAAAUCCGUUUAUAAAUUCCAAAAAAAAGAACGAUCGUUGAGGCUCAGAAUUAUUUUCCAUUGCUAAGCUAAACGAUAUGAUUGUCAUGGCUGCAGCGAUGAUCUCAAAGUUCGAGGUUGCCUCGCCAAGAUACGAAUCAUUUUGUUAAUUCUUCGUUAUUAGCAUUGGUAAAUACACAUUGAUGUCGUCACAGCCUCAUUAGAGAUACAUCAUACUCUACUUAUAUAUAAAAGCCCAUAGGAAAUUUUUUCCAAUUUCAUUCCUGUUUUUCCUGCCAUAAUUAUGCAUCCAAUGGAUGAGAAUAGUUUGCUACACGUGGCAUCAGCUUAUGAGAUCUCUAUCUAUAAAGACAUACAAUCAGUUCUGGACAAAAGAUUAUUAUCCCCACAUCAAGAAUUCCAGUACAUGCUAUCUCCAAAGAGUCAGUCCAAGCCAAGUAGUUCACUGAUCAAAUGACAAAAGAACUGCAAGAGCAAUGGAUAUCACGCAUGGAUAUGUGAAGCAGUGAAAAAUUUCUUUAGGCUCAGAAUUUUUCCCAUAGAUACACAUGGAUAUGUGAUUGCUAUGGCUGCAGACCGAUUGUAAUCUAAAUGUUGCCUUGCCAAGAUGCGAAUCACAAAUUCGACAUAUUUAAAAUCCGUUUAUAAUUUCUAUAUAAAAAAAGAACUAUCAUUGAGGCUUGGAAUUAUUUUCCAUUACUAACUAAACGAUAUGAUUGUCAUGGCUGCAACAAUGAUCUCAAAGUUCGAGGUUGCCUCGCCAAGAUACGAAUCAUUUCGUUAAAUCUUUGUUAUUAGCAUUGGAAGAUACACAGUGAUAUCGUCACAGCCUCUUGGGAGAUACAUUAUUUUCCUUUUCAAUUUUGAAAUCGGCUGCGGUUAAAAAGAGGCUCAGACUUUUCAAAUUUAUUUACUCAUCACAAUGGAAAGGAUGCAAAAACGCCAUGGCUGCUUCGGUACCCACCAAGCCACGCCAAGAUACGUUUUAUUUCCUUAAUUUCACAUUUAAGAGAAACGUAUAAAAAUUGCAUCAUAACCUCUGUUUAUUAAAAGUAUUGCACCUGGAAAUGUGUAAUAUACCACAGCUGCAAAGGAAAGAUAAAUCACAUAAUUACGAGACAUACAUUGAACAUGGUCAUUGUACUACACUGCAAAUACCCAUUACAGGAGCUAAAGACCAACAAAGUCAGUACUAAGAAGGGAGACCAGCAUAUAUUAUGCCAUUCAAGUCAUAGUACUCAGACCAACAAAGUCAGUCCUAAGAACCCAACACAUUCCAUUGUCAGUAUAAAUACCACUCCACUGCAUAACACUACCCACCCUUCCCCAAAAUUCCUUCAAAACACUGAUUUAUUAACAAUCAGCCUUAUACUUUUCUAAAAUGCCUGCCCUUUGGACGAGAUUGAUGGAUUUAAAACCAUCUACUUUUCGUGUCAAUCUUAAAUUAAAAUUAGUUCGUUCCUACGACUUGAUAUCCUACAGAAAUGCCGGAGAAGUUUAUGCACGGGAGUGUAUUUUUCACGACAAUGAGGUACUUUUUUUCAAAACUAUUUUAGCUAGCCACUUUUCAAAUUGAUAUUAAUUAUUUGAUAAAAAAUUUCAGGGGAACCACAUUCUUGGAGUGUAUCAAAAGGAGGAAAUAGCAUUGUUUGGAUCAACGCUCAAAGAGGGGAAUUUAUAUCGAAUAAGUAAUCCGGCAGUUCUAUCAAACAACAGGCCUCACAUUGUAUCAAGCAAAUUUAAGCUAUCACUUGGUAAAAGGAGUGCUGUUACCGAGAUGUUUGAUGAACAAUUCUCCAAGCAUUUUUUCAAUUUCAAACCAUUUGGGGAGAUAAAUGCUUUGAAAAAUAUUGAAAAUGUUCCAAUGUUUGGUAAUUACUUUACUCAUUUUUCAUACUUAAAUUCCUUGAUAUCGUUAGUCUAUUUUAAAAAUCUUAAUACGAUUUAAUAUUUUUACUUGAACAGAUGUAAUAGGCGCAAUGUUUGUUAAUGACCCUCCAAUCACCAAACCAGUUAUGGCAAAAGAAACCCUAAUUAUGGAGAUUAUAUUAGAGGAUUUAGAGUAAGUAUAUCAUAUCAGUCAUUAUCCCUUAUUAUAAUAUGUAUAUUAUACAAAUAUAAUUGUGUAUUACACUAUAAAUGGUUAUAGGGGGACAAGAAUUGCAUGCACUUUGUGGGGCAGAUAUGCUUCAAAUCUCAUGAAAUUUGUGGAAAAAUUGCCAAAGCAACCCGUCAUAGCUGUAAUCCAGUUUUGCAAAGCAGGGAUAUAUAAUGGUAAAGGGUUUCUUUAAAAUAUAAUUUAAAACAAAACAAUACUGCUUCUAAAUUUUUUCAAUUUUUCAAAACAGAAAAAUAUUCCAAAUAUAUGGAAAUUUAAUACUUCUUAUAUUAAAAGAGUAAUUCUGUGUAACUACUUAGAAUUCUGAAAAUUUGACUAUGCAAAUUUCAUUUUCUCAGGCAACAUUAAGGCUUCCACUUUCUACGAUGUUUCUAAGAUGUUCCUUGAUGAAAACAUUCAAGAGAUUAACACCUUCAGAGAGAGGUAGUUUUAAAAAUACUUUGGUCUUUGAAAAUAAAUAACAAUUUUCAAAAACUAUUUAGAAUUGUUUCUUAUUGGCAAACCAGAUACAUUGCAACAAGAUGUAUUUCCAAUCAGUCUCUAUCCCUGAGUGUCUCUACGAUAACAGUUCAAAGUACUCCAAUGACAAUCAAGCUCAGAACGAUAGAGGAAGUUAUUGAAAGGAAAGAGGUAAAGUACAUAUUUUGAAAAUUUUAAUUAUCUCAUCAAACAUUACAUCCUACAUAUCUCUUUUUACAGCAAUGGCGGGUUUGGAUUUCUUGCUCUAUUGCGGGAAUAGAAAACUCAGGUUCCUGGUUUUACAGCUCCUGUAAGGGAUGCCCUAAGAAAAAAUUGCCAGAGGACAGUUUGAACUUUUGUGGUGUGUGUAAAUCCCAAGGUGUGGUUUUGAGGUAAAUAUAAUAUUUUGCAUGUUUUAACACUUUAAUAAAUAUUUUUCUUAUAA